CAAGUCAGACGAGUGACAUUCCAAGGGAUUAGAAAAAUAAUGAAUCUAUUAUUCUAUAAAUUGUAGAUUUUAUAGCAUUAGGAUUGUAUCGCGACUUAGUGGCGCAGGAAUUAUACGUGUUUCUGUAUACAUUUCAUAAAGGUAUCAUUAUGUUGAAACCAAAAGCAUUGACACAGGUGCUCAGCCAGGCAAACACAGGGGGAGUUGAAAACACACUGUUAUUAAACCAUCAAGGUGCACUCCUCGCUUACUCGGGUUACAACGACAAAGAUGCGCGAGUUACAGCAGCAAUCGCCAGCAACGUAUGGUCGGCUUAUGAAAAACAUGGCAGGAAUGUUUUCAAGGAAGAUAAACUCCACUUGAUACUUGUUGACUGCUUGAAUGGAAAAAUUGCUAUAACACAAGUAGCAAAUCUGUUACUGUGUCUUUAUGCUAAGGAAUCUGUUGGUUUUGGAAUUCUAAAGGAAAAAAUCAAUGCUAUAGCGCAAUAUCUUGAAGGGCCUCUAAAACAGGUUGCAAGUUCAUAGCAUUUGGAAAUUUUCCUGUAAAAUAUUCAUUAUUACUUCGAAGUUUUUGUAUCUAUAAAGUCUAAUAAAUAUUUAAUUAUAAGAUGUGUUUAGCAAAAUGUAAAUUUUAUAUUAAACUUUAAAUAAAUAUCUACUACAAAUAAA